AAUUUUCAACAGGUUAUGGUGUAAAUGCUGGCGUUUUUGCUGGAACUUAUGGCGGUAGCGAAAGCGUUGCUAGUCCCUACGGGCCCUAUGGAUCAUUAAAUAGUCAAACUGGUGGAGGAUCUUAUAGUGGAUUGUCACCUUGGCCUUUAAUUCCUGGGUAUGUUACGACCACAACCUCCUUUACAACCCUCAACCAAUGGAGGAAAUUCAUCUACUGGUGGUGGUUUACUUAGAUUAGAAGAAACUGCAAGAACAGGACAAGGAACAAUUAGACAAAUACCCCUAACAGAAAAUGUACAAACAGAAGCUGGUGGAGGAGGAGGAGGAGGACAACAUGAUGAAGGAAGUGGAGAAACUGUUUAAUAAAAUUUUUUUGGAAAUUAUAUAAAGGAAUUGGUACUAUUUUCACACCAUAAGGGUCCAGAAAAAUUUUUUUAAAUGGGCUAUCCUUAAAUUUGGACCAAAG